AUGGGGGCUGUGGAAGUGGUGGAGCACAUGGUGCCCCCGGGCCGCGGGCUGCCCCUCGCCAGCCUCCUCCUCUGCCUCCUCCUCUGCCUCCUCCUGCAGCAGCCGCGCAGCAGCGCAGCUUGGAAGCAGCACGUCCCGCGCCUCCGCCUCCCGUACAAAGAUCUGCUGAAAUCCAACAGCUCUCGCCUGUUGCUGGCCUCUGGGGAUGGGCUGGAUUUCCAAGCCCUCUUGGUGGAUGAAGACAGAGCCUGGCUGAUGGUGGGAGCAAAAAACCACAUCUUCCUGCUCCACCUGGACCAUCCCAGCAGAGAGCCUGAGAAGAUUUUCUGGCCAGCCUCCAGGGAGCAGGUGGAGCACUGCCAGCUAGCAGGGAAGAACGCGGAGACAGAGUGUGCCAACUUCAUCCGCCUCCUCCAGCCCUUCAACAGGACCCACGUGUUCGCCUGUGGGACCGGCUCCUACCAGCCUGUCUGUGCCUUCAUCCAGCUGGGAGCCAGGGGGAAGGGUCCUGGGGCUCCACCCAUGCGGUUGGUGACGCACUCCUUGGAAUCAGGGCGAGGACGGUGCCCCUACAGCCCCCAUGAACCCUUCACAGGACUUCUUGUUGAUGGGGAGCUCUAUUCAGGCACCUCCAGUGACUUCAUGGGCAGCAGUGCUGCCUUCUUCCGGACUUGGGUCCACGGCGCCGAGCAGAGCUACAUCCGGACAGAGCAGAACCAGGACCACUGGCUACAUGAGCCCGCGUUUGUUGGCGCCUAUGCCAUCCCUGAUACCUACAACCCCCACGAUGACAAGGUCUACAUCUUCUUCCGUGAGACAGCCAUGGAAGCUGGGCAGUGGGAGCGGCGGCACAUCCACGCCAGGGUGGCCCGGGUCUGCAAGAACGACGUAGGAGGGAAGCGCAGCCUCAUCAACCGCUGGAGCACAUUCCUCAAGGCCCGUCUGGUGUGCUCCAUACCCGGGCCCCAGGGCACCGAGACCCACUUUGACCAGCUGGAGGAUGUUUUCCUCCUGCGCACCCGGGACCCCCAGAACCCCCUCAUCUUUGGCCUCUUCACUGUCUCCAGUGGUGUCUUCAGUGGCUCUGCUGUCUGUAUCUACUCCAUGGCUGCUGUGAGAGCUGCCUUCAGUGGCCCCUUUGCUCACAAGGAGGGAUUUGACUACCGCUGGGUAGAAUACAAGGGCCGUGUCCCCUAUCCUCGUCCUGGCACGUGCCCCAGCGAGACGUAUGACCCCCUGCUGAGGUCCACCAAGGACUUCCCCGACGAGGUGAUCAGCUUCAUGCGCAGCCACCAGCUGAUGUGGGAGCCCGUGUACCCACAGGGCCACCAGCCCAUCCUGGUGAGGGUCAAUGUCCCCUACCGGCUGCAGCGGCUGCUGGUGCACAGGCUGGAGACAGAGAGCAGGCACUACGACGUGCUCUUCCUCGGCACAGAUGAUGGUAAAAUCCUGAAGGUGGGGCUGGCUGGUGGGGAGAGCCGUGGCACCGAGGUGAUCAGCCUGGAGGAGAUCGGCGUCACCAAGGUACCUUCUCCCAUCCUGGACAUGAAGUUAUCACCGAAGAGGCAGGAGCUGUUUGUGAGCAGCACCCACGGGCUGCUCCAGCUCUCCCUGUACCGCUGCGAGCUCUACGGCAAAACCUGCAUGGACUGCUGCCUGGCCAGGGACCCUUACUGCACCUGGGACAGCAAGACCUGUGCCCCUCACCUGCUCACUGAGAAGAGACGUGCCCGCUGCCAGGACGUGCUGAAGUCUGACCCUCUCAGCCAGUGCCAGGACACCUCAGAGGGGACCACUGCUGUGGAGAAGCUCAUUUUUGGGGUGGAGAAGAACUCAACCUUCCUCGAGUGCCUGGCGCGCUCCCCACAGACGACCAUCCGGUGGGUGGUGCAGCGCGGUGAGGAGACGGGCCUGAGUGAGGUCAGGAACAACGGGCACUUCUUGGUGCUGGAGCAGGGGCUGCUGAUCCGCCAGCUGGCAAGGGAGGACGUGGGCACUUACGAGUGCCAGGCCCUGGAACGCUCCUUCUCCCGGCCCCUCACCCGAUACAGCCUCAGAGUCAUCAGACACGAAGCCAUGGAGGUGCCACCUUACAAACGGAGCAAAGGGGCCGAGCUGGGAGGGACCCACCAGAGCCCCCGACCCCGCAUUGACCUGUACCCCCUGCGGCGGCAGGAGCGGCAGCGGCAGCGAGCCUGGCACAAGUGGCAGCACCCAUCCCCGGACAGCAAGAACGGCCGGGUGCGGAGGCACCCGCAGCCUCUGUGA